AUGUCUUGGUUAUGGGGUUGGAUUUCAAGUGCUCUUAAUUAUUUAGGUUUGUCUCAAAAAAGUGGAAAGCUUGUAUUUCUAGGAUUAGAUAAUGCUGGAAAAACAACACUUCUUCAUAUGUUAAAGGAUGAUAAAAUUGCACAACAUGUUCCUACACUUCAUCCAACAUCAGAAGAAUUAUCAUUAGGUGGAAUAAAAUUUACAACUUUUGAUUUAGGUGGUCAUACACAGGCUAGAAGAGUAUGGAAAGAUUAUUUUCCAGCCGUUGAUGCUAUUGUUUUUUUAGUUGACUGUGCUGAUCUUGAAAGAAUUGUUGAGUCAAAAGAAGAAUUAUUAAGUUUACUUAAAGAUGAACAAAUUUCAUCAUGUCCUAUUCUUAUUCUUGGUAAUAAAAUUGAUAAACCAAAUGCAUUGAAUGAAGAUUAUUUAAAGUAUCAUCUUGGAAUAACUGAUAUGACAACAGGUAAAGGUAACAUUCCAAAAAAAGAUUUAAUAACAAGACCAAUGGAAAUAUUUAUGUGUUCUGUUUUGAAAAGGCAAGGAUAUGGGGAAGGUUUCAGAUGGUUGGCGCAAUAUCUAGAUUAA